AUGGCUGACUAUUGGAAAUCAAAUCCACGUCAUUAUUGUAAAUUUUGUAAAUGUUGGUUGGCUGAUAACAAAAUUAGUGUCGAAUUCCAUGAAAAAGGAAAUAAACAUAAAGAAAACGUUAAAUUAAGAAUUGAAUUAAUAAGAAAAACAAGUUUACAAAAAGAAAAAGAUGAUAAAAAACAUACUUUAACAAUAGCUAAAAUUGAACAAGCAGCAUUAGUGUCAUUUCAAAAAGAUGUUGCUAAAAAUCCACAUGCUGCCUCACAAUAUGGUGUUGAUACGGAUCAGAUUUAUAAACACUUACAACAACAACAAGAUGGAUUACAACCAAAUUUACCAUCAAAAUUAAAACGUCCACUAAAUGAACCCGUACGUAUAACAUGUAAAAAACCGAAAUUUGUCCUAAAGACACCAACGCCUAAACCUACAUUUAUUUCAAGUGCCGAGGCGGCUAGUGGAACUCAACAUAAAGAAGACGAGACCAAAAUAGUUGAAGAAGAACCCGCAAUAGAGGAAGUACCAGUGAACGAUGGAACGUGGUAUGAAACAAAAACAGAUGGUGGACAACCUUAUUAUUGGCACGACAAAACUGGCGAAACAACGUGGACGAUGCCGAACAAAUAUAUCUCUAUCGCUCAACAACAGGCAUAUUCUUCUGUGUGA